CCGCCGCCUCCAGGAACGGAGCGCUUCUAUUCCAAAGAAGUCUUUGCUUGCGAUCAGAAUGGCCUUCCGAUAUGGUGCGGUGUUUGUAAUAACUGGAAACCUGAUCGAUCACACCACGGAAGCGACUUUGGAAGAUGUGUAUUGAAGAUGGAUCAUUUCUGUCCGUGGGUUGGAGGAGUCGUAGCAGAAAGAAACUUCAAUUUCUUCAUCCAGUUUACCUCUUACGCUGGAUUCUACGCUUUGUUCGUUAUGAUAGUUAUGGCUAUCUUUGUCGCCGAAGCCAGGUCCAAGGUAUGUGGAAACUCAAUCGGUGGUAAUUGGAUUGCUGGCAUAACCCUCGGUGCUGUUUUCACACUUUUUGCAGGCGGAAUGGCCAUGACUAGCAUUGGCCUCGCAUUGAAGAACUUGACAACGGUUGACAAUAUCGGCCAUCAGAGGAGGGUCAUGCAUAUUGCCGUGCUAGUCGAUUCACCGCAACAGCGCCAACCGAGACCCAUGUCAACCGGCCAUCUCAAACCAUCGCAUGGCUCAGAGGUUGACGAAGAUCCUUGGCAGGGUACCAUCACAUACCCGUUGAAUGUGAUGCAUGACGCAUCUUCAGAGACCACGUUGCCACCACUAACCUCAUCGCCGCCUAGAACGUUUGCCAUCUUACGGACGCAUCCUGGCAUGAAUCCCUGGAACCUGGGAGCGUUCAGGAAUCUCAAGUCUGUUAUGGGCCAUCAUUGGUAUGACUGGUUCUUGCCGUUGCGACACUCGCCUUGCUGUAACCACGAUCGUGGGGACAGCAUGUAUGAACUUGGACCCGAUGUCGAACGUCUCAAG